AAUGAAUAGAAGAAACAAUCAACAAAAUCACAAUGCAUAUGAAAGGAUUUUAGAAAUUAAAAAGAGGAUUAAUAAGUCAUAGACCUAAUUCCCUUUAUUCCUUUGGCAUCCAUUGUAAGAAUUCAAAAUAAAACAUUUUCAGGUUUAUGUACAAUGUUUGUUUAAAUUUCAAUUUUAUUUAUCUGCCACCAGGUUUCUAAUAAAAAUUGAAGUUUAUCAAACCUAGAAAAUUGAGAACUUGGAUUGAUGAUAUUCCAAUAUUAGUUGGAGUUGAUGAGUUUGAAUAGAUAGAGUAAUGAAUUGUUCACUAGUUUGUAGAACUUGUGCAAUUUGUCUAUAAGAGUUAAAUGAAAAAAAUGUAAUCAAAAUACUAAAAUGUAAUCACUUUUUCCAUCAAGAAUGUAUCAAAUAAUGGUUGUAACUAAAAGCAGAAUGUCCUACCUGCAGAGAUCAACUUAAUAAAUGAC